CAUAGUACAUUUUUGCCAGUGGUGUCUCUGUCCACCAGUUUAUACCUGUAAGAUUUACGUGCAAAGUACAUGAUGGGACUUACACGCAUAUAGUACGGUAACCACAUUGAGAGUUCACCUGGACCGCGGGAGCCAAUCAGAGGGACGAGUGUGUACCACGUGACUCACCUGAAUACGAACUUGUCAUAUCGGAGAAAAGGUGUACAUACAUGGCACAGUGUGGAAGCAUCGAUCAAUUGAGGAUCUAUAACUUCUCGUGAAAACAAUAAGUGUGUCAUUAUCAAUGAUGUUGUUAUGAUGGAUAUGGACUACCCCGUACCAGAAGAGUUUCUGAAAACUUGACAGGCCAGUGUUACAGAACUAGAGAGAGAGAGGCAUCCAUUCACUCAAAACGCGGAAAUAGAAUUCACAAGGUAGAAUGAACUAACAUUGGUUUCAACCCCUUACAGUGUGACACAAAAUGAGUCUAUUUAGUUGGAAAAAGAACUUGUCUAUAAGUGACAAGGAGCCUACCUAUAAGGUUCGUUACCUUGGAAACGUUCAAACGACCUUGAUGCGCGGAGAUGGAUGUGUGGACAAGCCAGUGACCGUAAUUUGGAAUAAUUAUGUCCGCAGUUCGCAUCCCGGAUUAGAGAUGAAGCUCACAGUUUCCGGUUCCGGAUUGCGCGCGGAAACAAAGGAACAAGGGAUUACUGAAUACAGGGCACACAGAAUUUCGUACUGUAUAGCCCAUCCCAAGUAUCCACGACUUUUCGUCUGGGUGUAUCGGCACGAAGGUAAAAGAAUGAAGCUGGAACUUCGUUGCCAUGCCGUAUUGUGCAAAACGGAGGCAAAGGCUAAAGCAUUGGCUGUUCAAUUACACGAGAAACUAAAAUUUGCGCUCAAAGAAUUCAUGCGAGAAAAAACAAGAAAACAGAACUCCCGUUUAGUGUUACAACGAACAAAUUCGGUUCCUCAAUCAGGCGAGGUCUUGCCCAAAAGGACUCAAAUUCUGAGCACUGGAAAAAAUUUUAAACCCCCAAUAUCAAAAUCAAACACGGCUCCUAGACUUGGUGCAAUAAGCGAGGAUUUUGAGCAAGAUGAAAUGCUGGAGGAAGACAGCGAAAGUGACAUAGACGACAGUGACGACAACAAAUCGGAACAGGAAACGGUCAAAUCACUGAUGCUGGACAAGAAAUCCGAGGCAUCCAGUAUGAAGGAGUCGGACUAUGACGGGAUAGAAAUGUUGGUUCCCCGUGUGAUCGAUUUGGAGAUCGGAAACGACUUAAACGAGUUGAAAAAUGACAACGAUGUUCAGUAUUGUUUAAUUAAUGGUGAUUCAGACGAUGAGAGCUCGGAAUCCGGUUUUCAUGAGCAGGACCAGGACUCCAAAUACGGACUCAAUGGACACGAUGAUACCAGUCUUGGAGAGGAUGAAGUGUGCGAUUCCCCUUCCGGUAUCGUACAAGUAAUAUACGUCUCCGAGGCAACGGAAAAGACCACUCUCUAACACUUUGGAUAUUUAUUAUCACCAGUGCUUACAUUUUGCAGAACGUGAUAGAAAAUGGAGCAAUUAUUGAACAACGAACGGAGGCGUUGGCUUUACCUGUCCAAGAGGAUUUGCUCCAAAAUGGAUCUGAAAUCACCACAUGUUAAAACUAUGUUACACAGUUAGAGAUUUAUAUGCAUUUUAUGUUGACUUUUUAUGUUACUAGUAUUUUUUUUUCUCUCUCUCUCUCUCUCUCUCUCUCUCAUAUUGUUAGCCUUACCAUUGUUAAAUAUUUAUAUAUUGAAGUCUUUCAUAGUUGUGUAAACUUUGGAACGGUGAGAAAAGUGUAUGUACGUAGAACAGAUUUUGUAUCAUUGUGUAAAUGGGAAUCGAACAUCAUCUACAUGUAUAUUGUUAUUUUUUUCAGUUUAUUAUUAUUAUUAAUUUUUUUUCUUUUUCGUAUUUCUCAAUAUCAUAUAAAUAGAAAUAUUUAUUUAAAGAAAAACAUACGGGACUUCUCAAUGUUAAUGACAUAUUACGAUCUGUAACUAACCGUAGUGAUAUGUACAUCUACUUUGAAAACUAAUUAAUUAAGCAUAAUUAAGUUUCGACAUUUUUAGAGGGUUUUUUUUUUAUGAAUAUAACUAAAGAUUUGGACCGAUAGCUCCGACAAUCACACCGAGAUAUAUGUUUAACGUGUUCGAUAUGUACAUCUUCAACUAUAGUGCUCACGUACGAAGAUUAUUCAUUUGUGUCCGUUUUUUGUCCGUGUAAGAAAAGGGGAUUGGUUGGAGAAAAAAAAGAAAGAAAAAGAAAUAAUUGGGAUGUUUUGAAAUAACAAGUCGAUUAAACAUUUUCCGAGUGACACCGUUACUGUCUAAAGCUCUCUGAUCUCCGUCACACAAUUGUUUGCAUGUCUCAUCAUCCGGUGCAGUUCCGCGUUUGAACAAAGGGGAGAUAAAAAGUAUUUUUAGAGUCUCCAUCAAACCUUCUGGAGACUAGAAAAUUCCGGUUGCAAGGAUACUUAUCUUACGCUCACAGGUAGACAGAAUUCCGUGAUCUCUCUCCCUCGCGGACUGUAAACAUCAAUAUUGACAGAAUCCAGCCGGUAGAUCCGUAAUCGGCGAUAAAAUUACCGGAGUACACACAAUUUCUGGAAUUAUUCAAAUACCUUAGACUUUCAAUUUGUAAGCAAUAUCUUAUACAUAAGGACGCCGUGUAGCAAUUUUUACCCCGCACGAGGAACCAUAAAAUUAUACCCGUUGCGAUGUCACCUUCUCUUUCGCUCAAUCCUGUUUAAAUAGAAGAAGGUAGUAUAUACGACACCCGCCUUUCUAGAGAAUUUUUUUUAUUAAUAUGUUAACCGAAACAGUGCGUAGAUAUGUACAUCAGCAAUACCGGUAUAUGAUACAUGAAGAAAAGGUUAAGAAACUCUUUAUGUAAAUGAUAUUAGUGGAAAUUCUUAUGUAAUGUCAGUUUCUUGCAUUUUUAAAAAAAAUUUUGUUUAUUAAUCAAGAUUAUAUUCAUUGUGGUUUACCAAUAAACAGCCUGAUAAGAAAAAA